AUGGCUGCCCUGGUGUUCUGCAACGUGUGUUUCCGACAGCCCCGAACGGCCACGCCAAGGUUCAGCCUCACCAAUUGUGGCCAUGUUAUCUGCGAGCCGUGUCUUCAGAAAGGCAAAAAAGAUGAAUGUUUGAUUUGUAGAGCUCCUUGCCGUACAAUAUUUCUUUCUAAAAAGACAAAUCCCGAAAUUCAGUCACUGUUUAUGGGAAUAGAUAUGUUAUGCAAAAAAUAUUCAAGAGAAAUUACACAGAUUUCAGAAUUUCAAGAAAAACAUAGAAGACGCUUAUUAGCAUACUACAGAGGAAAGAUUGCAAAAUUAGAAGAAUCUCUUAAGAAGGCGACACAACAGAUACAUCAGAUUCAGUGCAUGAGGCCUCCCCAACAAACUAUUCAACCGUCAGUUUCCUCUACAGUUAGAAAUCCCAUUUCCACAAAACAGAAUGGAUAUUCUCCAUACAUACCUCAUUCCAACUGCCCAUCAACCUCAGAAAUGAUAGAAUCCAUGGAGGUUGACCCUGUACCUUCCCCAAUGAGGAAAUCUGAGACAGUGACUGGUCCAACAAGACUGUCAUUGAUAAGCCCACCUCAUGAUGGACGUAUGGGUAGUGUUUCUUAUAAAGGUUGUCAAUCAUCGGGACUAACAGCAAGUCAAAAUAGCAUAGCAGGAUCUCUAAGGUCAACACCAGUAAGAAUACCACAUAGUGGACAUUCGUUCACUUCAUCAUCUGGCUCACAAAGUACUAGAAUAGGCUUAUGGGAUACUUCUGCUUUCAGAACUCCUCAGUUGUAUGCAUGUACACCACCUUCCUCACAAGCAUCUGUAACAAGGCAUCCAAUCACCAUCUCCAGUCUUCUACAGAGGCAACAUGUAGGAUCUACUAAUCUUGGAGGACGUUCAGUAGAAAGAUAA